AUGGGUGAACUUCUCGAACUCGAAGUCGCCGAUGAUCUCAUCGUAAAGGCGACAGACUAUGCGCGAAGCUACAUGGCCAAGUACGAUGGCUCCCACGACUUUCACCACAUCGAGCGCGUGGUCGCUCUCGCCCACCACAUCCAGUCGCAUACGCCCGCCACAUCACGGCCCAUCGUCACCCUCUGCGCCCUCCUCCACGACGUUGGUGACAAAAAGUACCUGGCACCGGGCGAGGAUGGCUCGCGGCUCGUGCACAACCUGCUCGUCUCCCUUGGUGCCCCGUCUGUCCUUGCGAGCAAGGUGCAAACCAUCUGCCUCGGCGUGAGCUACUCAUCCGAGGUCCGGGACCCGGCCCGCGUUGCCGAUCUGAUCGACGCCCACCCGGAACUCGCCGUCGUGCAGGAUGCGGACAGACUCGAUGCCAUCGGCGCCGUCGGCGUCGCCCGCGCCUUUGCCUUUGGCGGUGCCAAGGGACGCGCCCUUGGCGACUCGAUCGACCACUUUGCCGAGAAGCUCGUCCGACUCGAGGGCAUGAUGAAGACGGCCGAGGGACGACGGCUGGCGAGGAAGCGGACCGAGAGGAUCGAGCUGAUGCAGUCCUGGUGGCAAGAAGAGACGGACGGUGUCGAGGCCCUGUGA